CUCAACUGCGUUUCCCCUCCAGUCAGCAGACGGCGAUGUGCGUCUUUCAGGCGACGCUGCCAGCGUGACGUAUAAUCUAGUGGACGGUUCUUCAUAAACAGCUCGUCAACCACCUCGGUAGCUUGCUAGCCAACAUAGCCGAAAGAUUCAAGCUAUUUAUACGCUUUCGGUGUAUAUUAGCUACUGUGUUUUCGACACACUUAGGUCGUAUCUACUUGUUAACCUAUUUAAUAUUACGUUAUUUUGUAUUAGUCAGCUAUAGUAGCUGGCUGGUUAAGUUAGCACUAGCUUAGUCGCUAAUGAUAGCUAGCUAGCUAACAUCCCCGACCAUGAGGUCAGUAAGCUUCUCCCCUCCUGUUAAAGAAGAGGUCUGCUGGACGGAGAAAGAAGCUCUGGGGCUGAACAUUGUCGUGAAAGAGAAGGAAGAGGAGAAUGUCACAGUUAAAAAAGAAGAGAAAGACGUUUCAGUGAAAGAAGAGGAAGACGCGUUCAGAGUGAAAGAGGAGGAGGAGGAUGUUACAGUGGAGGAAGAGAAAGAGGAGGAUGCAGUUUUUGUAGUGAAGAAGGAAGGGGAGAUUACUGUCACAUUGAAAGAUGAAGAGGUGGAGAUAGGAGAUCUGAGUAACACCAGAGAGAGACGGGACUAUCGUGGAUCCUCUGGGGAGCAUCAACAACCUCAUGAUGCUGACGAGGCAGAGAAGAGUCUCUCCAGAUCAGAACGCCUCAAUAAACACCAGCAGAGAUCCACAGGGAAGAGAACUCACUGCUGCUCUGACUGUGGGAAGAGAUUCACCUCAUCAGGCAUUAAAAUUCAUCAAAGGAUCCACACAGGAGAGAAAUCUUAUAGCUGUGAUCAAUGUGGGAAGAGUUUUACUACAUCUGGCUCUCUGACAGUACACCAGAGAAUACACACAGGAGAUAAACCUUAUAGCUGUGAUCAAUGUGGGAAGAGUUUUGUUACAUCUAGCAAUCUGACUAUACACCAGAGAACACACACAGGAGAGAAACCUUAUAGUUGUGAUCAAUGUGGGAAGAGUUUUGUUACAUCUAGCAAUCUGACUAUACACCAGAGAACACACACAGGAGAGAAACCUUAUAGCUGUGAUCAAUGUGGGAAGAGUUUCACUACUUCUGGCUAUCUGACAGUGCACCAGAGAACACACACAGGAGUGAAACCAUAUAGCUGUGAUCAAUGUGGGAAGAGUUUUUGUCAAUCUAGUGAUCUGACAGUACACCAGAGAACACACACAGGAGAGAAACCUUAUAGCUGUGAUCAAUGUGGGAGGAAUUUUACUACAUCUGGCUCUCUGACUUUACACCAGAGAACACACACAGGAGAGAAAUCUUAUAGCUGUGGUCAAUGUGGGAAGAGUUUUACUACUUCUGGCUAUCUGACUUUACACCAGAGAACACACACAGGAGAUGAACUUUAUAGCUGUGAUCAAUGUGGGAAGAGUUUUGUUAAAUCUGACCAGCUCACAGUGCACCAGAGAAUACACACAGGAGAGAAACCUUAUAGCUGUGGUCAAUGUGGGAAGAGUUUUACUACAUCUGGCUCUCUGACUGUACACCAGAGAACACACACAGGAGAGAAACCUUAUAGCUGUGAUCAAUGUGGGAAGAGUUUUGGUCAAUCUGGCCAGCUGACUGCACACCAGAGAACACACACAGGAGAGAAACCUUAUAGCUGUGAUCAAUGUUGGAAGAGUUUUGGUCAAUCUAGCCAGCUGACAUUACACCAGAGAACACACACAGGAGAGAUGUCUUAUAGCUGUGAUCAAUGUGGGAAGAGAUACUCUGGUAAAAGAUCUCUGAUCAAACAUCAGAAAAUACAUGAAGGAGUUUUUUCAUGAUAUCAAUUAAACAAUUAAUUAAUGUCACAAUGUAGAAUGUUGUAACAUUGUAGUAGGAGUAUUUAAAUGAUGUCACAAUGUAGAACCCUAAACGUUUGUCCCCUGUUCUAUUGAUUUCAACAUGAUAUGGAUAUUAGCCUCAGGGGGGAAAUCCAGGCUCUGAAUUGGAAGAGUACUAUUUAUGUGAUUUAACAAAAAGUGACUAACACAAAAGAGUUGUGUUACACUUACCAUGUUGGUGACCCACUGGAAUCACAAAGUAGUGAGCUGUUUACCACGUUGGUGACCCACUGGAAUCAAAAUGCAACACUUCAAACUGUUUCUGCAUAUUGGUUAUUGAUUUGGACACAUUAAAACUGUGUUUUGACAUUGCACUAAUCCCAUUUAGCAAAAUGUCAUUCAAAAGACGUUGAAAAUAAGACUAUGCCCGACGUCCAAUAUAUGUUCGACGUCCGGUUGUAGUUGAAAGUUGAAAAGAUGUCUUUUCGGGUCGUUUUUUUUUCAAUGACUUGAAAACAACUUACUUUCAACAUACUUGCAGCCUAAACACAUGGACGCAGUAAAUGCUAAUUGUCUUUAGUCCACUACUGAAGAAGCAUGACUCAAAUCACCUCAUAUAUUCAAACAUUCAGCCUGACAAAAGAUACAUGUUUUAUUAUUCCAUGCCUCACCAUUAAGUUAAUUAUUGCCAAUACAUAUUAACAAAGGGGUGAAUAUUUGGUUUUGAUAUUUCAUAUUAUGUAACAUUUAGUAAUCCUAGUUAUUCAUGCAACCAACUUGACAUUUUUGGGUACAAUUAUAUUGACAUUGUUACCCUGCUUUUAUAAUAUCAGGGUUCAUUCUCAGAUGUACUCCCAAAUGUACUAGAGCAUGACAGUGGGGACUUUAUAUGCAACAACAUGCCUAUUGAGUGAACCCUGAAAAGAGAGAGAAGCUCCACAGUGAGGAGAAGAAGCUAGAAUCUAGUGAGUUUUAGGAAGACGAGAGUUCUAGAAGCUAGUGAGUUUUAGGAAGACGAGAGUUCUAGAAACUAGUGAGUUUUUAGGAAGACGAGAGUUCUAGAAGCUAGUGAGUUUUAGGAAGACGAGAGGUCUAGAAGCUAGUGAGUUUUAGGAAGACGAGAGUUCUAGAAGCUAGUGAGUUUUAGGAAGACGAGAGUUCUAGAAGCUAGUGAGUUUUAGGAUUCUAUAGAAAGAAAAAGUAGAAAAAAAUAAUACGAUUGUAUUUUAUUAUUUAGAAAUAUGUGUUUUUUCUUGUUUUUAAAUGUUGACAGCCAGUAGACACCAUGUUUAUAUUGUAGAAGGUGAAGCAUUGUAGAUGAUUAUGUGAAAUGGAAGUUGUAGAGAUACUCUGAAUGAUUGGCUAUGAAAAGCCAACUGACAUUUACUCCUGAGGUGCAGAUCUGUUGCACCUUCGACAACCACUGUGAUUAUUAUUAUUUGACCCUGCUGGUCAUUUAUGAACGUUUGAACAUCUUGGCCAUGUUCUGUUAUAAUCUCCACCCUGCACAGCCAGACGAGGACUGGCCACCCCUCAGAGCCUGGUUUCUUCCUAGGUUUUGGACUUUCUAGGGAGUUUUUCCUAGCCACCGUGCUUCUACACCUGCAUUGCUUGCUGUUUGGGGUUUUAGGCUGGGUUUCUGUACAGCACUCUGUGACAUCAGCUGAUGUAAGAAGGGCUUUAUAAAUACAUUUGAUUGAUUGUACAACUGAAUGCAUUCAACUGAAAUGUGUCUUGGGAGUACUGAUUGGUGUCACCUCAUUAGUCAGUAUGUGUUACACCUGUGCUGGCUUGUCCAUCUCGUUAGUGGGAAGGUGUUUCACCUGAGCUGGUUCAGGUUCUAUUUAAGAGUGUCUGGCCCAGUGCUCCAGUUGUCUUGAUAGAUGUGGAGAGUCAACACCUUCAGUUGCUCCACCUUUUUGGUUUGCUUCCUGUCUUUAAGUUUGGUGUGAGUUUUUCUUUUGUUUGCCUCUUCUUGGGCAGAUUUAGUGGGUCUCAUGGUGAGUGUCUUUUAGGUCCCAGUUGUUGUUACUAGUCAACUUCUAGUGGACACCCCCAUAGUGUCUUUCAGAACCCCUCUUAAAACCUGUUUAGUUGUUGUCAGUGACUCUGUUAGUUCUAAAAAACAAGCUUAUAUUUUGGGUUGGGUUGGAUAUAGCAUCAUAUUGUUAAUAUUUUAAUCAAUGGCAUUUCCUUUCUUGCUCAUUAGUCUUUCAGUUGUUUUUCUUCUGUUUUUAUCCUCUUAUGUUUGUUGUGUAACCGAUGUGAAAUGGCUAGCUAGUUAGCGGUGGUGCGCGCUAAUAGCAUUUCAAUUGGUGACGUCACUCGCUUUGAGACCUUGAAGUAGUGGUUCCCCUUGCUCUGCAAGGGCCGCAGCUUUUGUGGAGCGAUGGGUAACGAUGCUUCAUGGGUGACUGUUGUUGAUGAGUGCAGAGGGUCCCUGGUUCGCGCGAGGGGACGGACUACAGUUACACUGUUACAUGUACUAAAUAUAUAGUUUAAUUUUCAUAGUUUUUUCCUGUUGUCGCGUCUUUACUGUCAUGAAAUUGAAGAAAGAUUCUCUGUAAUUAGUUAUUACGCGAUCAACUAAAUUAUAACGUAACUAAUUAACUAGGAAUUUGGGGCAGAUAUUUUCAUAUCUGAUCAAUAGUCUUCUGAUUAAUGAUUUAUUUAUUUUACCUCACGUUACUCAUUCCAAACGUCGUAAAUUGUUGGUUAUCUGCACGAACCCAGUCUUCACUAUGAGUCAUCGGACUAAAGUUGUACUGUUACAUGAACUAAAAAAUUUCUGUUUAAUUUUCAUAGUUUUUCCUGUGAAACCAUUGUGUUGCAUCCAUGUCUGACAUGUGCUGUAUAAAUAAAGCUUGAUUUGAUUUGAAAAUAUUGCAAAACAAGAACAUUUGACAAAUGACCAUAAUAUCAAAGAACAAAUGUGUGUGUCUGAGGAGAAAUUAACUUUCAUACAGCCAAAGGGGGUGAGAAAUUACACCAAUAUCAGUGAACAAUUUAUUUACAAUGUAAAUAAACAUGGACGAUGGAACAUAUUCCUUUAGUUUACGUGAUGAACCACUAAGGGGACAUAAAUAUUGACCUCUGACCUCUCUGGCUGUAGAAGUGUUCUUCCUAACCAGUCCCUCAACAGCUCUCUGACUGAGCUCCACCCUCACUGGGUCUUCAGAGGAGAGGAAGGCUGAGGAGGGAUGGAAGGAUGAAUGGAUCAGUCAAUCAAUAAAGUGUAGAGCUGCUGUCUAUGCUGUCUGACAAAAUCACUACUUUAGUAGUUCAUUGAAGGAAAUCAGGCUUUAUGACUGCUGAAUACCAACUAUCUAUCACUUAGAUAAUGUAUUUUCAAUUUCAGGUAGAGAUACAUCCUUGGGACAUCCCUAGCCCAUUGAAGUUUACAUUUAAAAUGGUUAAGGUAGGGGUUAGGGGUUAGGGUAGGGAUGUCCCAAGGAUCCCUGAUUGCAUUGACCAUCGUGCAUUCUUCUGUCUCUUUUACAGAGCAGGUGUAAAAGAAACACAGACAAGCCAAGUAGGCACGCAGUGGAUUAUGGUCACUGUAGUUAAAUACGUUUUAUGCGCUAAACUAUGUAUAUUAUUGGCCUGUUGGAAACUACAACUCCCUACUACAUCACACAGUUCAGGCUGGAUCUGAUUUAUCUCUAGAGAAACUACAACUCCCUACUACAUCACACAGUUCAGGCUGGAUCUGAUUUAUCUCUAGAGAAACUACAAC